AUGACUAACUAUACUUCAGUAAAUGAGUUCCUGCUUCUUGGAAUUACAGAUACUCAGGAACUUGAACCAUUCCUCUUUGCAGUUUUCCUUACCAUCUACAUUCUUAUCCUUAUUGGGAAUGGUGCCAUCCUGGCAAUUGUCAUCUAUGAACCUCGACUCCAUUCCCCCAUGUAUUUCUUCUUGGGCAACCUCUCCUGUCUGGACAUCUGGUACUCCACAGUGACACUUCCCAAAGUGCUAGAUGAUUUCCUUUCCACCCACAAGACAAUUUCCUUUAUGGGUUGUAUCAUCCAACUGCACUUCUUUCAUUUCCUUGGUAGCACAGAGGCCAUCCUCAUGGAUGUCAUGGCCUUUGAUCGCUUUGUGGCCAUCUGUAAUCCACUCCGUUAUAUGCUUCUCAUGAACCACCAAGUGUGCCUCUGCUUAGCUGCUACAAGCUGGAUCACUGGUUUCUCCUAUGCUUUGCUUCAUUCCAUCAUGACUUCUCGCUUGACCUUCUGUGGAUCUAAUCACAUCCACCACUUCUUUUGUGACAUCAAGCCACUACUGGAGGUGGCUUGUGGAAACACUGAGCUGAACCAGUGGAUGGUUGAAACAGUCACUGGAACCAUUGCCAUGGGCUCUUUCUUCUUUAUACUUCUUUCCUAUUUCUACAUAAUCAGUUUUCUCCUCUUCAAAAGUCGGUCCUGUAGUAUGCUUCAGAAGGCAUUGUCCACUUGUGCUUCCCACUUCAUGGUGGUAAUAUUGCUCUAUGUACCUGUAGUCUUCACCUAUAUCCGCCCCUCCUCAGGUAGUUCCAUGAAUCAGGAUCGAAUAGUGGCCAUCAUGUACAGUGUGGUCACACCAGUUCUGAAUCCAGUGAUUUAUACCUUGAGGAACAAAGAUGUGAAGGGGGCACUAAACAAAGCCAUGAGAAAGAAACUGUGGUCUAAGCAACUUUAG